AUGAAAGACGUCUCCUCGCUACCCCGCACGCCUACUAUGACAACUGGUAUUGACGUUGCUGCCGAUAUGGAGCUAAUGGGCGCAACCAAUCGUGAUAUGUUUUCAUGGCUGUUAUUCAACUCGGAGAACAUGACGGCACCCACUGGGAUAGGUGGUCAUCCUCCAUCCGUGGAUACUAGUCAUUCACUUGAUGAUCCAUUCCGUAUACUUGGCGUAGGGGAUGAUACUAAUCUUUCAUUAGCGUUACACGCAACGGCGUCGACAUCACUCGUUCAGACGGGUGCAGUUACAAUGGCGCUGCCGGUUAUGACGCCAGCCGCCACUACUACGGCUCCAGCAACAAUGUCCGCGCCCAUUAAACCCGUACAAACCCAGCGUGGUAAGAAACGCUCGGUUGUUGAAGCAUUGGAUUUGGCUAGGGACUUGCACACUAAGAGUCUGACCAAUACGGAGGGACUGUUGCGCCAUCUUGAGAGUGCUAAUAAUGCGCUGGUGCAGAAGCGUCGAGCCGUUCAUAAAGGUACAUCAGCUCCGACCGCUAAGUCACCUAAAAUGGAGAAACCAUCAUCCAGCAGUGGCAGCGAUAAUAACGUUGGUGAGAUGACCAAUCUGCAGCGCAAGCUUAAGCUUGAGCGCAAUCGAGAAUCGGCACGUGAGUGCCGACGUCGCAAGAGAGAGCACAUUCUGGGCGUCGAGGAGCGAUGCCGCCAAUUGGAGCGCGAGAAUAUGGAGCUACGAGGACAAUUGAAGGCCGGAAAAGAGGCAAUUCGGCAAGAGGAGAAGGAGAAAAAUCUUGUAUGCGAAGAACUCAAGCAGAUGAUCCAGUGCGGCGCUUCUGAGAAGGAGCUUGCCGAGAAGAUUGACAAUUUCAAGGAGCAGUACUCGGACUACGGUCAUGGCCGUCGCUCGGCGUUAAGCUACCACCUCCAUCAGAUUGAGCGACUGCUCUUGCCCACCCAGGUAACAAAGAUGUGCAUCUGGGCCCUUCGCCAGGAUGACAGCUUCUGGCAGGACGAAGAGGACGAGACCAGUCUACCAGUUAUUUUGGCUAAGGAGCUGGGGCUGAGCGAAGACCAGAAAAAGAAGAUUCAGCAGCAGCGGGGCUCGAUCUCACUGAUUUGCGAGAACCUAAAGAGCGCACUGGGACUGCUGGCGGAGCUAAAGACGGAAGUGACAAACAAAAACUCCACCUUAGACAUGGAGAUGGACAAAUUGCAGAAUAUCCUUACCCCUACUCAACGCGCCAAAUUUAUUGUAUGGGUGACCAACAACCAAGCGUGCAUGCAUUUGCUGAACAAGCUGUGGCGGAGUGUGCUAUGA